CCUGUGGAUGAUACAGCUUAUAAUAUUCACUUUUACCUGUUACCACUACUAUUGCAGAACGACAGCAAUUAAUGUACAUGUAUAUAGCAGAGGAGGAGUUAGGUUCCGACAAAAUAUCUUUCUUUCAGUCUAGAUAAGAGCUGAUUUUUUAAAAAUUGUUGUUCAAGUUUCAGAAAGGCUUUUGAAUGGUAUAUUUACCAUUGGCUAGCAGUGAAAGUUUUUGCCAAAUAAUCUGAUACACAUCUACCAUGAUAUGAAUACAAUUUGAUGUACAUCCGUAUUAACUAUAGAAUAUCACAGACACUGGCCAUAGGUAUUUAGGUCAUCUGGUCAACAAAGCAUGACAACGAAAAGGGACACAUUAUAAAUCACAUUUACCUGUAAGUUGGCUGACAACGUCUGUUUGACAGUCCUAGUAAGGUGUUGAUAAACACAUGAAUACACAUGGGUAUUGGUUCUAUCAGCUCAUUUUUAUUGACAUUCUUCAUCAAUGGAAGCCCUUCUGUCAGACUCUAGUCAGAUCAUAGAGGAUCCCGAAAAAAGUUCUGAGAAGCAUGAUGCAGACACACCAGAACUACCUCGCAAAUCUUCAAGUCCAAUCCUUAUAAACGUCAAGAGUAAUAACAACAGUGAGGACACCAAGCAUCUCCUUGAAAUGGAUGAAGGUGAGGACAAAAAAGCUGAAGAACCAGUGGAGAGAGCUUCAAACAGGGGAGAUGACAUUGAGCUAGCAAAGAGUAAUGUAGAACCAGAUGAAAAAGAAAAGAAUGAAAAUGUCAAAGAACCAGUGAAAAAUGAUCUAAGAGAACAAACAGAUGAUCAAUUAAUGAGACAGGAAGUUGAUAACAAUAACGCUAAAGGAGGAGGUGUGGACGACCCUGAUGCUAUCACACCUAUUGAUGAUGACCAUGUGGUACCAAUUGAUACAGAUAACAAUGACAAGGCCAACACAGACAAAGCGGAGGGGAAAGAUGUCACAGACGCAAUUAGCGUUAUGUCUUUAUUUAUGGAGAAGGAUUUACGAUUUUAUUUCCAGCAUCCCUAUUUGAGGAUAUUCAUGGCAUACUUUGUUACGUUCUGUAAUUUUCUGAUAUAUGCUGAAGACCCUGUGGCACACAGUAUGAAAGAAUGUAAUAUUCCUCUGAUUGGGAAUGACUUUGCCUUUGUGUGUACUCGCUAUCCCCCCAAUGGCUUCAGCUUCCUGAAGGUGAUCAUGUGGCUAGGAGCCAUUCUCAUCGGCUGUAUCCUUGGGAAGAUUCUCGUACAUUUGUUGCUGUUCAACAAACUGCUGCGCCUGAAGAUGUUCACGGAGGAUCAGGGAUCCUGGAUGGCCAUGUUUCUCUGUAGUCUUUUGGCCCUUUUUAUCAUGUCUUGGCUCUACAACGGGUUUCUGAUAGCCGGGGGAGAUGAUACGGAACCGUACCGGAUUUCCGGAGAUCUGGGACUGUCCAACUCUAUCUUCAUGAAGGCUGCUGCCUGUGGCACCUGGUGUGGAGAUUUCUUCACUGCCUGGAUGGUGACAGAUAUGAUGCUCCAGGAGAAGCUCUACCCCAGCUGGGCCAAGCCGGUCCGCACCUGGUGGAACCACCGUUACAAUCGUAUCAUCUUGUUCUGGGUGGUCACCAUUGUGACAUCCUUCAUCGUAAUCUUUACGAUAGCUACUGACUAUAUACAGUGGGAGAAGCUGAACCACGGAUUCCUGCCGACUAAUGAACUGUCCAGGGCAUUCCUUGCCUCCUUCAUACUGGUUAUGGACAUCAUGAUCGUGUGUCAGGACUGGGAUUUCCCCCAUUUUAUGAGUGCCAUUGAUAUUAAGAUGCCUGGUGUUAACUCUGCACACAUCAAGUUUGAAAUCCCUAAGUGUCUCAGAAAAGAUACUUGGCAGGUACACAUAACAGGUAAAUGGUUUAACUAUGGGAUUCUCUUCAUCGUCAUGCUGCUUGACCUCAACAUGUGGAAGAAUCAGAUCUUUUACAAGCCUAUAGACUACGGUCAGUAUGUGGAUGCUGAGGGGCGCAUCCACACAGUGCUAGAUGAUUACAGUCUUAAAAACUUCAACGAGAGCAUGCUUACCUGGUCCUACAGAAACCAGACAAUAAACCCACUGACCAAUGCCACCUACCUACAGGGAGAUAUGGUGGUCAGCACACGUUACUAUGGCUACAGUCUGGCAUUGAAGGGCUUAGCCUUUGUUCCAGCCCUUGUCGCGUUCAUCGUGUUUGGUGUCACCAUUUGGAUGUUCGGCCGUUUUAAACCAACAAAGGAUGAUCCGUAUGCUGGUCGAUUAAAGAAGCGCGGAAAGAGGCGGAGAUUCUCUCUCAGAAAUAUAUCUAGUUCUUUCAGAAAAAUUGAAUUGCGUAGAAAAGUUCAAGCUGUUCCUAGACUGCUACAUUUCCGACGAAAACAAGGUUCUAAUCAUGACCCUGCCUCCAUUGGAUCAGGAUACCUUGAAAAUUGGUCUGCUCCAGCUGACAUUGCUAGAUAGAGACAUUCAAAGCUGUUCUGUCAUCGUUUUCUAAAGUUCAUAUCAUGUUGAUGGUUGUUUCGUUUCUGUUUGAUGUUAAGUAUAUUUUUGAGACUUUUCUGUACAAUUUUACUGUAAAUUACCGACGUUUUGUAAGAAGGACAUUUUUAUAAAUGGUGAUGAUAAUUAAUCAUGAAUCAAACACCUGUGGCAUAAAGGGUCAAGAAUUUCCAAAUUGAAGAAAGAUAUCUCCCCUAUUCCUUAAGGGAAUUUAAAUCUUCACAAAUAAUUUGAAAACAUUAAUAAGUAUGGGCAGAAAAUAAGAACAUGCAUAUGCUCAAACAACUAUGCUUCAAUAGUAAGUCUUGAACUAAUUGUUAUAAAUCCCCAACCCGACAUAUGCUGUGAUGAUUCUACUAGAAAACAGUGUCGGCAUAAAGUAGGCAAUCAUUUUAACAAUCGUUUUAUCAUUAUGUAGUACGACACUAUAGAUUAUUUCUAUACUGAUAAUAUUGCAGCAUGCAAUUCUUAUAUGAAUAGUAAAUGGGUUAUUUCAUGUUUUCAAAUCAAAAGUAUCAUUGAGGAGUAUUAUGAUGUUACUAGAAGAUCAUGCCUAUUAUCGGUAGCUGUGUGACCUCGUAAUACAUCUGUAGUUAUAUGUGGAUAGCCUGCUAUAUAAAGACAGUGGGUGGAUGUCAGCUUUAACCAAAGUGAUACUGUUUUAUGUUAUGAAGAGAAUAUAAUUAUCAUGAUAAUUGUUCUGUGUUAACUGAAUUGGUGUGAAAUUGUAAUGUGUCAGAACUUCACAUCAUUAUUAUGCAAUGUUUUCUCUGAAACACCUGAUUUCUCAGGUGUAAAAUCAUCUUCUAAGAACAAAACUCCCCUCCUCGUGAUCUGAUAUUUCUACAAUAUAACUACUGCAUAUUAUUCUUAAUUAUGAUGUUGGAUCACUUUUAAACAAUCUGAUAGUUUUAUCCCUAUUUGUAUAAUGGAAACUAUUUCUAUUUAUAAACCUUGAAUGACAAACAGAAUUGGACCAGUAUAUGAUUACCAGAUAUAUUUUACCAUACACUUAAAGGGUGCUGUUCCUAAACGAUCCUGGAUCCCUGUUACAGAACCACAGAAUUAGCGUUGGUGAAACAAAAUGGCCUCAAGAUGGCAAUUUUUAUUUUACUACAACUUGUGAAAAUUUAUUUUAUAUGCUACGUUACCGACAGAUUUUACAUCCCGACCAGUUUGUAUUACCAUAAUACUUGUACAAGUCUUCAUCAUCACUAUAGAAUAUGUAUUUAGUUGACAUUAAAUUAUGAGAUUUUUUGAAAAUAAUGUUGCGGGUAAACAUUUUUAUUGUCAUACCUGACAUGUAGUUCAACGUUUAAAUGCAUACUGUGUGAGUACCGUAGAUGCCUUAUUCUUACAGGUUGACUCAUUUCCUCUGUAUUUUUAGAUUGAUAGAAGAGGGGAAAUACAUGGUCUGAGAUAUUUUAUAGAAAUGAUUUACAAAUCCCUCAAUUUAAAAUGAUAUGUACAUUAUUUUUCUCGUGGGUUAUUUUUGCAUCAGCACUUGACAGCAAAAUGAAGUUCACACAGAUUUUAAAUCACUUUUCCAAAUUUGCACUUUAUGCUGUAGUGAUCCAUUCCCCAGCCUAGUGGAGCCAUGUAGUAUUAAACAUGUAGGAUAAAUACUGGAGCCUAAUUACAUGCGCAGUUAAAUAAAUUCAGAUAUUUUAACAAGAUUCUCUUCCUGAUAAUUGGUGCCCAUGGUAAUGAGUUUUUCUAGGUUUUGCUGUUUACCAUUAUAACCUUAUCACCGUCCUGAAGGUUAGCAUUAUAAAUCAUCUAUCAUGGAUACAUAGGAUAAUAUCAUUACUACGUCUGUUUAAUUUCCUCAACUUCCUGUUGUUGUGUUCAUUGAUAUCGCUAUCCUUUACAUGUAAUAAUUCAGUAGUGGAAUGUCAUGUUUAGAAACUGAUAUAUUUAAAGUAAAAUGGUGAUGAUUUUGUAACACCAGGUACAUGUGUUAACCAAAUGUAUUGACCAGCAAAGCUUAUCUUAGAUAUCCGGUAAAUUGUACCUCUUGGCAGAUUGAUUACAUCCAGUGAAUAAUUGAACCACAUAUGUAUAUAAUACCUGAUAUAGGUUGUCGUGUUUUAAACCAGAGUUCGUGAAGUCAUGGUUAGUUUGUGUACCUACUUUACUAGUGUCUCCUGUCUGUAAAAUGAUAUAUUAUAUCUGAGAGUAUGGCUGGACACUGACCUUUUCCGACAUUAUAUCUGAGGGUAUGGCUGGACACUGACCUUCCCGAUGUUGUGUUGCUAGAUGUUGUUAUGUAAUUAACAACAUUUAUAUUAUUACAAAGAGGAAUAUGAUAUUAUUGUGUAUAAAUGGCUGAUAUUAUAUCUUCAGUUAUACAAUAUAUAUAACAUGCCAAAAUGUCAAAAACAGACAUUCAUAUGAUAUUUUUGUACAAAGUCUAUAUAUAACACCUGGCACGGGUGUUAGAGUAUCUUUGUUAUUGCUCAGAGGUUUUUGAUUAACGGGUGUCGAGCAUUGUGAAAUAUAUGUAGUACAUGUAUAUAUUUUGAUGUAUAUGUAUAAAAGAUUAAGAGCAACAAGUUUUACAUCUGUACAGGGGAUGAAGAUUGAAAGCUUUCAGUCUAACAGAUACUCAAAUAUUUCUAAGUAAUGACAAAGAUUUCAUGUACAUUUAUAUUUCAAUUUACAUCAUUUAAAGACAGAAGUGGUUGCCUAUGGUACUAUACUUUUGUAAGUAAACCCCAACGGAAUGUGGUAUAUUUUCUAUACACACCUAUGAGUAAUUCACAAAAAUCUAUUAAUUGUUGACAUUUCGUACCUUAUUUUUGACAUGCUAACUAUAUAUUUAUUAGAUAUAACUGACUGAAGUUUGUUCUCUGUAUAUUGUUGUAGAGAAAAAUAUAAUUCUGAUACUACAAUGUUUAGUUUAAGAUAUUUUAAGUGUAUUUCAUGAAAUUGUGUUCAUGUGCCAAUGAACAAUACCACUUAUUGAUGUUCAUAAUUCAAUACUUGCUGAAAACAGGAUAUCUAGCCCUAAAAGCAUGUGAUAAUUUAAUCUGAUGAUAAUGUUUGUAUCAUUUUUGUCACCAAAUUAAUUCAUACAAAAGUAUUCUCCAGUCGUAAGAGUGUGAAAAAGAAAUCUCACCUAAGGGUGACAUUCAUGACUGUUUACCCCAAGGCUUGCUUCAAGUCAAGUUUAAGGUGGUUUGCUAUUUCCUUGUUAUACCCUGAUAGUAAGGAAAGAUUCGUUUUCUCCCAUCUCAUCAUUAAAAAUUGAUUAUCAACAUUUAUAAGCAAUGUUGCAGUCCUGAUUUGUACAAAACUUCUCCCAUCAAAAGCUGAUUGCGAUGUCAUAUUUUAUUGUUACCAUGACGUCAUGCAUUGUUUCUUUUAAUGUGCUAUCUAUUAUUCCCUAAGGGGUGUCAGUGAAUGGGUAAAAUGAGAGACAACUCAGUGUGCUGGGGUAAUAGGAUAGUUGUACCCAUGAUUAUUUCAUUACUCAUUGUAACUAUUGAGGAUCAACAUCCUGGUCAUACCUGGACAUUUAGCUUAGCUGUGCUGGACAUUACUUCACCUGUCAUCCUUAGCUUAGCUGUGCUGGACUUUAGUUCACCUGUAAUCCUUAGCUUAGCUUAGCUGGACAUUAAUUCACCUGUCAUCCUUAGCUUAGCUGUACUGGACAUUAACUCACCUGUCAUCCUUAGCUUAGCUGUGCUGGACAUUAGUUCACCAUUUAUCCUUAGCUUAGCUGUGCUGGACAUUAGUUCACCUGUCAUCCUUAGCUUAGCUAAACUGGACAUUACUUCACCUGUCAUCCUUAGCUUAGCUGUACUUGGUAUAGAAAACCCUUCAUCCUUUGUUACACAAUCAACCCUAACAAUAUGUUUGCUGAUGAAAUUUUCAAGUAAUACUUGACAAAGUGCGAAAUUUCAUGUUUAUAUAUUUUAGUAUUCCCUCGUGUUGGAUAACCUCAUCAUAAUUUUGAGUGUGGCCACUUGAUGGACAACUUAAUUUUAUGGCCAGGAGACAAGGCAAAUGGAAGUGUCCAGAGAGUUUGUGUGGCAUCGAGCAGAGUUGUUCCUCGUAAAAUAGUUAGUUUGAUGCAUUCGAUGGGAAUUAAACUCAUUUCAUAAUGAACUUUACCAACCUUUGAAUUGGAAGAGUUCAAAUGUGUCUUCAGGGGUGAAUGAGUUAAGAGAGAAAAAAGGGUAUAAAUCUACAUACAAAAUUUGUGCUGCAUGUCACUAAAAGAACUUGUUGAUUGGAGUUAAUCAAAAAGGUUGGGAGAUAUGAGAAUUACUGCUGUUAAUAAAAUAACA